AUGAACGGAAUCUGUGGGCCGUGCACCCUCGAUUUGCAUGCAUCGACCAAUAAGACGCUGUCGUCAGGUGAUUCCUCCAACGCGCAGAAACAUGAACGAUUGGCAAGCAGGACGGUGAAAGCUGCAGCCAUCCUCCUCAAUUUCACAUCUUCACACCUAAAGUCGCCAAUCACUGAUCGCAGCACAUCUUCAAGCUCUGCCGAUUUUCUGCCCAUUCCCCCAAUGCGAACCGGCAACUCGUCCAUCACAAGUAAACCCCUUUAUGUCGAACCCCUCUUAUCCAUCAAACUCAUGCGGUUUCGAGAUUUGACAGACAGGAGUUCGCUACUUUCUACAAGGCUGGUACUUGCUCGGCCUGUCGCUACUGGUGAUUUUUCUGCUUCUAUUGUUACACGCCGGGCUGAAGACUCGGAUAAGGGUCAAUUACCUAUCCAAAUAGGUGGAAUUGCAGCCAGCUACGUGAUCUUUGAUGCGAUAGUUGUCUUCCUUAUUCUAUUUGUAGGAAGACGACUACGCAGAGCAGCUCAUACUUCGAAUUAUUCCCUUGACAUGGUAAUGCUGCAACCUUACAACGACCCUUUCGCCCAAAGCACCGAUCCAAGUCCUAUUUCCGGUUACUCAGUUGAUACACAAUUCCCGAGUCCAGUCAAACCUCGCGGGUGGAAUAUGUCGUGGACAAGCGUGACCAAGGGCCACAAGGCCCAGGGUUCAGUGACUAGUAGUGUUGCUACUGUUGACGAGGAUGUUGUCUCCGCAGACAGACGACGAGCACAGGAACAGAUGGAAUUUCUGUAUGCGGCCGUCAUGGAACAUGAUGCUAAAAAGGCCUCGGCUCAUAACUCUCCAGUCAUGGAGUCUUCGACUACCCCGAUCGCUUCACCCAAGGGAUCACCACAAUUCGCAGAGACAACUACCGCCAAUCAAUACUCAUCCUUCCCACUACAAGCUACACCUUUGUCUCCGAGACAAGAGAGCGUCACAACCAACAAAUCCCGAACAAGCAAACGGCUAUCUAAACUUUCUAAUCUCUCCAUCUUCAGUCCCGGGCUACGCUCAUCCAACUCGAACAAACUCAAAUCACCCCGCUCUGUCCGUGAUCUACCCAUCUCACCACCUCUGAAAUCACCGGAUCCCGUCCAAACCGCCGCCGUAACAGCUACAGCAGCUACAUUCCAAGACAGCGCAGCGCCAAUGUCACCACGAAUCUACAACCCAGGUCCACCACCAACAGCGCCUUUACCGGGUACAACAGAAUCAAACCAGUUGCCCAAAUUCACACUGCAACCCAUCAGUACACCAAGCAGUAUGCGCGCCAACGCUCCUGCACCGUUGAGUAUCAACAGUAGUAACUCGACCUUACCGUUCCGUCAACAAUUCAAUCCUCCCAUGAGCGCGCCACAUACAAAGACCACCAUAUUGGAAAGACCGCUUCAUGUCCCCGGUGGACCGCGAACGGGUAUGCCGACGCCGUAUAGUCCGUAUAUGCCUUUUACGCCUGUAACGCCUCUCACGCCGAGUCGGCUUGUGACGAAGCGGGAUAGGAAGCGUCUCGAUAAGUCGAAUGGCCUCAAGGUGUUGCAUGAGGAUGAUAUGGUGAAGAGUGAUGAAGAGAUAUGGGGGUAG